AGCAUCUCUCGCAAUCGCGUUCAUCGGACACUAUGUUUAGGCUACAUUCCGCAGCGUGUGGUGUUCUACUUGCCGCCAUAUGCUUGAUUGAGAAUGUUUGUGCUGAAGACUUCACCCCUGCACGACCUCCUAUCAUCUCGAUCGUAACGCCCGAUGAUACAAACAGUCCUAAAGCUGGGGAUGUGAGUAAGAAGGUGGUAUUCGGAGGAAACACAGUCACCAGUCGCAUGCCCUGGAUUGCAUCUCUUCAAAGAGUUGAUGAUGACAACAUUGAUUCGUUUGAUCAUGUUUGCGGUGGAAGUCUGAUUGAUGAGCAAUGGGUACUGACAGCCGCUCAUUGCACAACCAAUAUUGAUCGCGUAUGUCUUGGCGGCAUCAAUCUGAACAACAUAUACAACGAAUUCGAUUGUUUCGGAAUUCAGUUGUUCGCAAAGCACCAAAUGUAUGUUGACGGCGCGUAUAUCAAUGAUAUCAUGCUUCUCAAACUGGAUGGUAAGUCUGGAAACACGCCUGUAUAUCUUAACAGAGAAGGGACAUUUCUCGAAAGAGGGACGAAGGCGAAUGUAGCUGGCUGGGGCCUGUCGGAUACCAGUGGUGGAGCUGCAAGUGAGAAUCUUCUGUCACUCGAAGUUGAAAUGCAAGAUAAUAAAUAUUGCGCAGUUUACGCGCCUCCUAUUCCGAGACCACUGUUGUCGAGCAUGAUAUGCAAUGUAGGUGUGGUUGGUCAGGGAACUUGUCAGGGCGAUUCCGGGGGUCCACUAUUUAUGCGCUCAGAGAACACAUUACUAGGUAUUACUUCAUUCGGUUCCGAUUCCUGUUCGAGUGGAUCGCCUAUAGUAUUCACUGAUGUGCGCUCGUAUAUGCCUUGGAUCGAGGGUACAAUCGAGCACAGCCUUCCCGUGCCAGCCAAUUGUGACUGCAAAAAUGGUGGUACAUGCAAGGUGGCUCCUACAGACACGAGCGAGGGUCUGUGUCAGUGCGCGUUUGGAUUUGAAGGUGCAAAUUGUGAAACCGACAUUUCCACACAGGCCGCGUGCGCAAAUUGGCCUUGUGUUAACAAUGGUUCCUGCUACCCCAUCGGAACGUCUAACUACGUGUGCCUAUGUCCUACUGGGCUUACUGGUGUCAACUGCCAAUUGCUGGGAUCUGGUUUUCUACUGACGGCGAACGAGUGCGAAAAUGAAAAGUGUGCGGCCGGAUCCAGAUGUGUGGAGUUGGUCGAGAAUGACAUUAAAAGCGAAAACUGUGUAUGUCCAGAUCCCGCGAAUGAGCUGUGUCAAACUGUAGCGCCUGGAUACGAGGUAUCGACCAAGUCCUCCACGGUUGAUACGUAUUCCGACGAUGACGAUGAAAGCGGCGCAGAUACAAAGUACGUAGUCUCGUCGUACGCCACGAUAUUGUGCACGGUAGUUGGUACAUUCUUCACGAUCGCUAACUUGUAGUACGAGUUAUGUAGUUGUAAAAAAAAUCACAAUGAAAGUUACUAAUAUACCUUGGUGAAAG